AUGAUCCUGGAUCAUUUUCAACAAGUCGUCCCAUCGCACCAACUCCUCGCAGCCUUCGCCCUUGGGCUCUUGAUUGCGGUGGGAGUCCAUGUAGCACGAGUAUAUACGUCUCUCCGGCACAUUCCAGGUCCCUUCUGGGCUUCGUUCACCAACCUGCAGCGGGUGUACUGGGUGCAAACUGCUCGCUCCCAUGAGAUCCAUUCCCAUGUCCACCAGGGCUACGGAGACUUUGUGCGUCUGGGACCACACAUGGUAUCCAUUUCGGAUCCUCGGCUGAUUCCCGUCGUGUAUCCCAUGCGAGCGGGUCUACCAAAAGGCAAUUUCUACCGAUCGCUGAUGCCAUAUUCCCGUCAAGGCUCGGCGUUGCCAUUGGUCUUCAACACGCGAGAUGAGGCUCUACACAAACAGCUGAAGAAGCCCAUCGCUCCUCUGUUCUCAUUGUCGAAUGUCCUGACCUUCGAGCACCUGGUCGACCAAACGCUCACCGUGCUCUUUUCGCAGUUCGACCAGCGCUUUGCGAGGAAGCAGUCCAUUCCCUUCGACCUGGGGGACUGGCUCCAGUUCUUCGCGUUUGAGGUGAUGGGAACUAUGACUUUUUCCCGCCGCUACGGCUUUCUCGAGCACGGUCAAGAUGCCAAGGGGUUGUUGAUUGCAAUUUGGAAUUUCAUGAAGACGGCAGCCCCGGUCACCCAAAUCCCCUGGUUUGAUCGCCUGUGGUACAAGAAUCCCAUCGCGGCUUUCUUCCGGCCGACAACGGGAAUGCCCAUCCUUAACAUUGUCCGGGAGAGCAUCAACCAGCGCCGGGAGAGGCUCGAGAAGGGUUCGCAGGUCGGGAGCCGGAAUGAGAUCAACCAAGAUGACUUUCUGUCGCGAUUUCUGCACAUCCAAACAAAUGAUACAUCUGUACCCCCCUGGGCUGUGACCGCGUGGACAUUUUCCAAUGUUAUUGCUGGAUCCGACUCCACUGCGGCGGUUCUGAAAACCCUAUGGUAUAACCUUCUUAGCAACCCUACCUCAAAGCAGCGGCUUUAUGAUGAAUUGAUCGAGCUCGAGCGGAAGCAUGUCCUCUCUCGCCCAUAUCCGGCCUGGAGAGAGAUUGCAGACCAACCGUAUCUAGACGCAUGCGUGAAUGAGGCUAUUCGACUACAUCCGCCGUUCUGCUUGCCCUUUGAGCGAGUGGUUCCUGUCGAGGGUAUCACCAUCGCCGGCCGCUUCUUCCCCGGAGGAACUGUGAUUGGCAUGAACCCAUGGGUGGUGAACCGCCAUCGACCUACAUUUGGGGAGGACGCCGAUUGUUGGCGUCCUGAUCGCUGGUUGGGAGACAAGGAACGGUAUAGGAUCAUGGAGCAGAGUAUUCUCACUUUUGGAGCCGGGCGACGGGUCUGUCUGGGGAAGAAUGUAGCGAUGCUGGAGCUCAAAAAGUUGACCGCGGCACUGAUUCUCAACUACGAGGUCACCAUCUUAGAUCCGGCGCAAUACCAGGUAGAAAAUCGGUGGUUCUUCCGGCAAUGGGGUUUGAAGGUACAGAUUCGUAGACGGAUGGAGUAG